AAAUGGAGUAGAGUCCCCGCCUCGUGACUCAGGAGGUUAAAGGGCUUGAGUCCAUCUGUGAGUUCAGAGUGUCCGGAUGGCGAGUGACAACAGGAAGGUCACCAUCCAGCUGGUGGAGGACGGGGCCGGGGCUGGAGCCAGGGGCCCACAGCUCUUUAAAGGCCAGAACUACGAAGCCAUCCGAACAGCCUGCCUGGACGCCGGGAUCCUGUUUCGUGACCCUUGCUUUUCUGCUGGUCCUGGUGCCCUUGGCUAUGACAAGCUGGGACCCGACUCAGAGAAGGCGCAAGGGGUGGAAUGGAAGAGGCCCCAUGAGUUUUGUGCUGAACCCCAGUUCAUCUGUGAAGACAUGAGCAGAACAGAUGUGUGCCAGGGAAGCUUGGGAAACUGCUGGCUCCUCGCGGCUGCUGCCUCACUUACCCUGUAUCCCAGACUCCUGUACCGGGUGGUGCCCCCUGGACAGGGUUUCCAAGACGGCUACGCGGGGGUCUUCCAUUUUCAGCUCUGGCAAUUUGGCCGCUGGGUGGAUGUGGUGGUUGACGACAGACUGCCUGUGCGUGAGGGGAAGCUGAUGUUUGUGCGCUCGGAACAGAGGAAUGAGUUCUGGGCCCCUCUGCUGGAAAAGGCCUAUGCCAAGCUCCAUGGCUCGUACGAGGUGAUGCGAGGAGGCCACAUGAACGAGGCUUUCGUGGACUUUACAGGAGGCGUGGGCGAGGUCCUCUACCUGAGACAAAACACUCCAGGUCUCUUUGCUGCCCUCCGCCACGCACUGGCCAAGGAGUCCCUCGUGGGUGCCACCGCGCUGAGUGACCGGGGUGAGGUCCGCACAGAUGAGGGCCUGGUGAAGGGACAUGCAUACUCUGUCACAGGUACACACAAGAUGUCCCUGGGCUUCACCAAGGUGCGGCUGCUGCGGCUGAGGAACCCCUGGGGCCGUGUGGAGUGGUCCGGGCCCUGGAGCGACAGCUGUCCGCGCUGGGACAUGCUCCCCUCUGAGUGGCGGGAUGCCCUGCUCGUGAAAAAGGAGGAUGGCGAGUUCUGGAUGGAGCUUCAGGACUUCCUCAAGCACUUCAACACGGUCCAGAUCUGUUCGCUGAGCCCUGAGGUGCUGGGCCCCAGCCCUGCGGGCGGAGGCUGGCACAUCCACACCUUCCAGGGUCGCUGGGUGAGAGGUUUCAACUCCGGCGGGAGCCAGCCCAGUGCUGAAACCUUCUGGAUCAACCCCCAGUUCCGGCUGACACUGCUGGAGCCUGAUGAGGAAGAGGAUGAAGACGACGAAGAGGGACCCUGGGGGGGCUGGGGAGCGGCAGGGGCGCGGGGCCCAGCGAGGGGAGGCCGCAUCCCCAAGUGCACGGUCCUCCUGUCGCUCAUCCAGCGCAACCGCCGGCGUCUGAGGGCCAAGGGCCUCACUUACCUCACUGUGGGCUUCCACGUGUUCCAGAUCCCCGAGGAGCUGCUGGGCCUCUGGGACUCGCCACGCAGCCGCGCGCUCUUGCCGAGGCUGCUGCGCGCCGACCGCUCGGUGUUCUGCGCCCGCCGCGACGUGAGCCGCCGCUGCCGCCUGCCGCCGGGCCACUACCUGGUGGUACCCAGCGCCUCCCGCGUGGGCGACGAAGCCGACUUCACACUGCGCAUCUUUUCGGAACGCAGCCACACCGCAGUGGAGAUCGAUGACGUGAUCAGCGCCGACCUGGAAGCCCUUGAGGUCCCCUACAAGCCCCUGGACCUGGACCUGGCACAGCUGUUUUUGGAGCUGGCUGGAGAGGAGGAGGAACUCGAUGCACUCCAGCUGCAGACCUUGAUAAGCAUCGCUCUGGAGCCUGCUCGGGCCAACACCAGGACUCCUGGAGAGAUUGGGCUUAGGACCUGCGAGCAGCUUGUGCAGUGUUUUGGGCAUGGGCAAAGGUUGGCCCUGCACCACUUCCAGGAACUCUGGGGCCAUCUCCUGGUAUGGCAGGCCACAUUUGACAAGUUCGAUGAAGAUGCCUCUGGGACAAUGAACUCCUAUGAGCUGAGGCUGGCACUGAACGCCGCAGGCUUCCACCUCAACAACCAGCUGACCCAGUCUCUCACUAGCCGCUACCGGGACAGUCGGCUCCGCGUGGACUUCGAGCGCUUCGUGUCUUGUGCAUCGAGGCUCACCUGUAUCUUCCGGCACUGCAGCCAGCACCUGGACGGUGGUGAGGGGAUCGUCUGCUUGACCCACAAACAGUGGUCAGAAGUGGCCACCUUCUCCUAGAGCAGAAGCUGAGGGAGGCCAUCCUGCUCCCAGGCCUGAGCUGCCCGGCUUAGCACCGGUGGCGGAAGCAGAGUCUGGCACCUGCCUGGGGCUGGGGCCCUACCUACCACUGCACAGGAGGCUUGGCAACGGUCUGUCCGUGACUAUGGGCCUGAGCUACCACCGACGGAAGUGUCUUUUUUCCUUUUAAAGCCAGUGCGCGUGCAGUUCCCGCUUAGCGAGCCCCACCCCACACGUGGGUACGGGCUGGUGGGCCCUGCAAGCUCCCUGGGGGUGUGGACGCCGACACGGGGAGAAUGAAAGGACACUAGAAUCCGUCUGAAAAAUAUUACAUGUUUUAUUCUCCCAUCCCCAAAGGGCGGUUUAUCCAGAAACCAAGAAAAUAAAAAUCAAUCAGAAUAAACUCAAAGGGAGAAACCCAUCCAUUCACUACCAGGCAGGCAGGCCAGCAGCCCACCUCCACCUCAGGAGGUCCCCAGAGACCCCUGCCCACCACAGACAAGGGGAAGAUCAGGAGGGGCGGGAGGGCACUGAAUCAGCUAUGUCUUCAUUACGAGAGAGAGAGGUGGCAGAGAUAUGAGGCUAGAUGGAUAUAUAUUUAUAUAAUAAAUCCGUAAGUUAAUAAAGUAAA